AUGUGUGCCGUCAAGACACAAAUCCUAUUUAUCAUACGAUUUGUGAAACAGAUUUGUGUGCAGAUUUGCGCGGUGGAGACCAAACUCAAGCCUGAGGGUGACCCCACCGCGCCUUGCCCAAAAUCGCAAAAAGCAGACAGUUGUCCUCCGGUAAUUGGAUCUACUAUCUUUUAA